GGCGAUUCAGUGCUGUUAGCCAGCACUUAUCGAUAUAUAGUACAGGCAGAUAUUCGAAAAGAGACGCCAAAGGAAAACAAACCGACAUGGAAAAAUUAACGCUACAACAAGUGCAAGCUCUGCGCAAGGCACAAGACGAUUUAAUUUUUAGCAAAUCAGUCUACCUGGAAUUCUAUUCAAAAAUGGCAAAACAUGUCUACACAACAGACCUCAACAAUUUGAUACGCGGUAAUUUUCAGCGAGUUGACGUUCCAUUAAAUAUUCCGAAAUUGCCGCCACAGCAAAAGGAGCCUGAAGAAUACAUACCCAUGUUACAAUUGGACAAACUGAUGGAGCUUUACGAUGCAGCCGAAGAGGGUAGAUCUUUUUUGCAAGACUGAUCCGAUUUAUGUUUAUUGUUAUUGAGCCAAUAGCCAUGCAAAAUGUGUUGAAUAUGCUGCAGGCACUCGAAGGAUGGCGAAAGACUCUUUAAAUUUAAGUAAAUAAGUUAACAUACAUUAACAUACAAGGAACAAAACCUCGC